AUGAGAGAAACACAACCUCGCAAAAAGAUCAUCGUCGCCAUAACCGGCGCAACCGGCGCCCAAAUCGGCAUUCACAUUCUCCAGACCCUCCGCCGUCUCAACGUCGAAACGCAUCUCAUCAUCAGCAAAUGGGCUGCGGAGACAAUAAAGUGGGAAACAGACUACACGCCCUCCGCCGUCAAGGCCUUGGCGGACCACGCAUACAAUGCACACGAUCUCGCCGCACCGAUAGCCAGCGGGUCGUACAGAGUAGACGGCAUGAUUGUCGCGCCGUGUUCCGUCAAGACGCUGGCUGCCAUUAACGCGGGCAUCUGCGACGAUCUCGUCACCAGGGCGGCAGAUGUGUGUUUGAAGGAGCGGAGGAGAUUGGUCUUGUCUGUGAGGGAGACGCCGUUCAGCGAGAUCCACUUGAGGAAUAUGCUGGACGUCACGAGGGCCGGGGCGAUUAUUGCGCCGCCUGUUGUCGGGUUCUAUACCAGGCCCUCGAGCAUCGAUGAUAUCUUGGACCAGAUGGUUGGGAGGUUAUUAGAUUUGUUUGACUUGGAUUCGAGGAAUUUUGAAAGAUGGGAGGGAAUGGGCAAGACGACAUGA